AAAUUGUAUUUAUUAAGAAAUUAGAUUAUAAUCUCUAUCAGGACUCUUUCAACUUUCCACUGGAUUCAAUCCGUUUCUUUCCUUCUUUUCUCUCCCCCUCUCCUCCCUUUUAGAUGGAGCUUGGUCUGAGUUUGGGCGAUGCUUCUUCCAAGUCUCUUGGCUUUAUCGACAGUUCCACCGGCGACAUUCCUAACAAAGGUUUAGGGUUUUGCAUGGGUUUAUCCAGCGGGUUUUCUACUGGAAAACAACAACAACUUCAACUUCAACUUCAUGGUGAUGAUGAUGAUGAUGAAGAUGAAGAUAAGCGUAAUAGUACAACUACACCCACGUCAACCAUCUUGGAUUCUCAAAAUAAUAAUACACCUUCUAUGGAUCCUCCUGUUCAGCUUGAUCUUCUUCCCAAUACUCCGGUCCCACGUUAUCCGCCCUCUCUUCCUGCCUUUCCUUGGCCCUCUGAUAACGGGAGAUCUGAGGCGUGUUCUUCGGGGCAAAUGGCAAGAGGAUUUGACGUGAAUAAAUUCCCUUUAGUUGAAGAAGCAGAAGAUGGCGGUGCUUUAUCUUGUUCACCUAACAGCGCGGCAUCUUCGUUCCAGAUGGAUAUUUGUAUGCACAGUAGAGGGCAUAAUGAAAUGGAGGGUGAGAGGGGUUCUUCAAGAUUCAGUGAUGAAGAUGAGAAUGGUUGCACUAGGAAAAAACUCAGGCUUUCUAAAGAACAAUCCGCUUUUCUUGAAGAAAGCUUCAAAGAACACAGCACUCUUAAUCCUAAACAAAAAUUGGCGCUUGCAAAGCAACUUAAUCUUCGUCCACGCCAAGUAGAAGUUUGGUUUCAGAAUAGAAGAGCAAGGACUAAAUUGAAGCAAACGGAGGUGGAUUGUGAGUACUUGAAGAGAUGCUGCGAAACAUUAACUGAAGAAAACAGAAGACUUCAUAAGGAGCUUCAAGAAUUAAGAGCUUUGAAGACUUCUAAUCCCUUUUACAUGCAAUUACCGGCCACUACUCUCACCAUGUGUCCAUCUUGUGAGCGAGUGGCCACCACCAACGCCACCCCGCCUAUCACCGUCACUACCGCUGCCACUACUGCUACUACCACCACCACCACCACCACCACUACCACUUCUACUACUGAUCAUCCCACGUCGAAAGCUUCUGGAUUUCCUGUGGGUAGACCCGGGCUCUAUCCGUUAUCUCAGAAUCAAAAUCAAAAUACCUAUCAUCAACGUCUAUCACCAUCAAGAGAUUAGUAGACGGUGAAACAUGGUUGAAAGUUCUAAUUUUUAUUUUUGUACAGACACCAAUUGUGGUGGUGGUGGUGGUGGUUUUUGGUGUCCAUGUUAAUUUUGAGAUUUCUUUCUGGAUUUUUUGUGGGUGAUAGAAUCAGAAAGUAGUCAGAUAGUUGGAAUAUUAAUUGUUAGAGAUUGGAAGAGAUAAUCUUGUAUAUUUUUGAAAAGAAAAAAACUUGAAAUGGAAAAUUUGAAAUAUUAUUUGUAUAAUUGCAU